GCGCAGUUAUGACGUCGGGAGGUGAGAGUUGAGCCUGCGUUAGGAAACAUGUUGUGUAAGUCAUAAUAAAUCCAUGGUAACAGCUCGUAGCUCUCUCCAAAGCUUCAUCUUUCACUUCAGGACGACAGGACGACAGAGGAGGACCCGGACAUGUUACUGUCUUCAGUACGGACCGCCAUGUUCUGCGGCUGUAGAGGCGCCAGCAGAGGAUUUCAACACAGCAAUCGGAGUCCACAGCUAAGAAAAUGGCUUGUGAAGAGAAGUCAGAGCACAAUCGCAACAGAAGCGGAGGCUGCCUCCGUCCAGGCGGCAGCUUCUGUCCCCAACGUCGCUACAAAUCGCAUCCUAGGUCGCUGGUUACUUGGCUGCAGCGGGCUGGUUGUUGGGGCUGUUGUCUUGGGUGGUGUCACCAGGCUCACAGAAUCUGGGCUCUCCAUGGUCGACUGGCAUCUGGUGAGAGAGAUGAAGCCGCCUCAGUCACAAACAGAGUGGGAGGCUGAGUUUUCCAAGUACCAGCAGUUUCCUGAAUUCAAAAUAAUGAACCAUGAAAUGACUCUGCCAGAGUUUAAGUUUAUCUUCUACAUGGAGUGGGGUCAUCGUAUGUGGGGCAGACUGGUUGGUCUUGCAUACAUCCUCCCCACAAUCUACUUCUGGCGAAAAGGAUACUUUACUCGCUCCAUGAAGGGAAAAGUGCUGGGGCUUUGUGGAUUUGUCUUCUUCCAGGGCCUUCUGGGAUGGUACAUGGUAAAAAGCGGUCUGGAGGAAAAGCCGGAGUCUCAUGACAUCCCACGAGUCAGCCAAUAUCGCCUGAGUGCUCACCUUGGUUCUGCUUUGCUACUCUACUGUGCCAGUCUCUGGACAGGGCUUACUCUGCUGCUGCCUGCACAUAAGAUAGCAGAAACCAGAAGUCUUAUGCAGCUCAGGAGGUUUGCCAAGGGCACUGGUGGACUUGUCUUCCUUACUGCUCUUUCAGGUGCUUUUGUUGCUGGUUUGGAUGCCGGGCUGGUGUAUAACUCCUUCCCUAAGAUGGGAGAACGGUGGAUCCCUGACGAUCUGCUGGCCUUCUCUCCCACCCUCAAGAACAUCUUUGAAAAUCCCACAACAGUGCAGUUUGACCACAGAAUUUUGGCCAUCUCCUCUUUGACUGCAAUUACAGGUCUCUAUCUGUUCUCAAGAAGGAUGAUGUUGCCCAGGAGAGCAAAGGUCGCCAUCAGCCUCCUUGCGGCAAUGGCUUAUGCACAGGUUGCCCUCGGUAUCAGCACCCUGUUACUGUAUGUCCCCACCCCACUGGCAGCAACUCACCAGUCUGGCUCCGUGGCUCUUCUCUCGCUGGCUAUUUGGGUUCUGGCAGAGCUCCGCAAAUUACCAAAGUAAAGGCCUGCUCCUUUACUGACAAAUCCAGUCCCCAUGAGCCACAGCUCAAGUCUCUAAGAGUCGUGACAUUUUGAACAAGGCAUUUUGUAACUACUAGAAAAAAAUAUUAAAAACAAAUGUUUUUCAUUUAACAGUGAAGUAUCUGUCCUGUUGGUCACAGUUAUGCACACAGAUAUGAAAGCAGGGCUGUUAUUGUAGUGCUGUGAAGGGAAAUUACACAAAUACAUUGAAGCUGUCAUCAAAAGAUAUGAAAUUAAUUUAAGGUGUUUUGCAAGGAAUUAAAAAAAGGCCUGCUAAAGCAAAAACAAGUGAUAUCUUUCAGUUUCUGUUCAGCUUUAAUGACACAGCCACAGGAUUUCAAGUUUAGUAUACAAACUGUAUUUGGUUUUAAAGACUGAAUUACUUUUUUGUUCACUUACACAGUUUUAACUGGAAAGAAAAUCUUGUUUCCAUGUUAUUACUCACCUGUUGCCUUGUGUCUCCUCGUACACUGCCUGUUAGUUGAAUUAGAUGUGGCUGUUGGGAUGAUGUAAAAUGAUGUACAUUUAAAUUAUGAACCAUUUGUUGCUGACAUUGUAUUGACAUGAUGUGAACUAUAAUGGAAACUUGAUUAAUGCUUUGUACUGUAUAUUUAGACAUGUAGAGCUGAAAGCACUGUCUUAAUUUAAUAAAGACAAAUAUGUACAGUC